AUGCAAAUGGAACCUUUUGAUCCACCAUUUCAAGAAUUUUACAAGAAACUAUUCGAUGAUCAUUUCUUCAAUGGACCAUGUCAUGGAGGCCAUGAAAUAAAAUUUCCCCACAAUGCCAAAGAGUGCAAGUUUGAGUUGCCAUUAAUCGAUCUAAGCCACUUGAACAUAGGUGGCUUCAAGCGUGAAGACUGCAAACGAGAAAUUGUUAAAGCUGCGCAAGAAUGGGGUUUUUUCCAAGUAGUUAAUCAUGGAGUUUCGCAAGAAGUUCUAGAAAAGUUGAUGAGUGAACAGGUGAAAGCAUUCAAGAAACCGUUUCAGGUGAAGGUUAAUGGCCUCCCUGAGCUAAAUUUUCCUGCAGGAAGUUACCAAUGGGGGACACCCUCGGCAAAUUGUCUCCGGCAGUUGGCUUGGUCGGAAUCAUUUCAUGUUCCAUUGACUGAGUUCUCAACAAUAGGAGUAUGUGCUGCCACUGACUCUAGGUAA